AGAUGUUGACCCACGAUGAAGGAAGUGACUGUGAGCGACCCUUCGUUUGAGCCAAAUGAUGUGGAUCCCAMACGAAGAGCCGCAAUUCUCAUCACUUCAGCAUCUAUGCCACGUCAUACGCUGUUGGGCGGAAGCAGCAGCCACAACACCCACGGUGCUCUGCGACCUGAAAAUGUUUCACAGAAGGAAGCUGUAGUGCUCAGGUCAAAGUUUUGUGUCACCGAGCAAAUAUAUUCACUGUCUGGACGGAACAAGUUGACAUACAGAGAUUGUGGAAUGCUGCUGGACGAGACUCCACUUUUUGAUCCCUCUUUGCUUAAGGAGUUGGACUGGAACAGCAACACCGUGUCCUUCUCUCCUCCCAUCUCACCAACCAACCCAGGAGAUGACCUGGAGCUCAGGCCACUGUGUACAGCAGAUUUCAAUAAAGGAUUCUUUGAAGUUUUAGCUCAACUUACAAARACGGGCGAUGUCACGCCAGAGCAGUUUGUUAGUAAGUUCAAGCACAUGAAGUCAACAGGAAACUAUUAUGUUGUCGUCGUGGAGGAUAAAAACCUGGGACAAAUUAUCGCCACAGCCACGCUUAUCAUCGAACACAAAUUUAUUCAUUCCUGUGCCAAGAGAGGCCGGGUGGAGGAGGUGGUUGUCAGUGACAUAUGCAGAGGGAAGCAGCUCGGGAAACUGUUAGUGUCAACGCUUACUCUUCUCAGCAAAAAACUUAACUGCUACAAAAUCACCCUGGAAUGUGCGCCCAAAAACGUGGCUUUCUACCAAAAAUUCGGCUAUGCCCCCUCGGAUGAAACUUACAUGCAGUGUAGAUUCUCCGACUGAGGAGAGCUGCAGCUUUAACCACCUCAGUUUUAUGGGCAUGGACCAUUUUUACAUCGGACAUCAGCACUUGCGAUUGGGGUCUUCAGCACUAGCUCCCUGGGAUUUGGUUUGCUCUUGCCUGACAAGGUAUCUUAAUUUCUGAAAACUUGAGUGUCAGUUCAUUGAAGCUCAGUUUGACAAUUAUCACCCUUUGGCAACCGCUGCUACCUCACCGGGGUGGGUGUUUUCUGUUAUUUUCCCUUCAUCCGUCUUAAAGAAUGUAUGUAUUGUCUUACUUUCCCAGAGAAAAAGGGUAAUCGAGUACAAAAAGGACAAACAUAAUUUGACUGCUACACUACAAGUAAAGACAAUCCUACRAAAACAUUAAAUUUGGCUUUUAUCAUAUGGAAAAAAGUAACACCUAAAAUUAUAGUUUUCUGCCACCAAUUAAUAGCAACUGUUGACAUUCAUGAGGAACCACCAUGCUAUCUGGGUUUUGUUUGGGUUUCACUUUUCUAGUCCGAUUGGUACGAAGUGCUCUUUUUCUCAGCACAUCGGUUUUGUUGUUGGGUAUCUAAAAUGAAGUUUUGAAUACAAGAAGACUGUUAAACUAUUUCCAGUGAAGAAAAAACAUUUUCAAAGGCAGUAGUAAUAAUUUGAUAAGGGUGUUUUUUUUUUUUAGUUGGUUAACUGGAUUUAGCAUUAAGCAUUUUGUAAAAGAAAUGACAAGUGAUUUUUGUAAAUUCACUUUUAUUUAAGCUUUUGUAGUUGAGUUUUAUAAUUAUGAUUUUAUUCUGGGGAACGUAUUUAAAAUAACUUAUUUCCAAAUGUAAAUCCAAUAAAAUAUUCUAUGA